CAUAAGUGUUUCACACAUUGUUUGGCCAUUUUUGGGAAUGGAAAAUCAAAAUUCAAAAUUUUUAUCAGAGCCUAUGGAUGCUAAUAACAAUCAUGAAUUUGGUACAGAGAAUCAAUUGAGUCUGGAAGUAAAUCCUUUUAUUGGCUUGUUUCGUAGGGACGUGUGUGUAAUUAAACCAAGCCCAUCCCAAAAUUUGGAAACUGAUUUACCUAAUUCGAAGGAAUUUGAAGAAAAAUUACCUAACAGCAGUCAGUCAAAUCCAAAACAGUUGCAACAAAUUGGUUCCGAAGAUACUGACAUCGAGAAAAACAAAUGCAAUGAAAAUAAGGAACAGUAUUUGGACGUGAGUGAAAAUACAGAACAGUCUAUAGAUGACGGUCUUCACGAUUCGGGCCUAUUGACUGGUACUGUAGCAGAUAUGAAGAACGACAAAAUGAGUAAAAAUAACGAACAGUCUAUACAGGACGAUCUCCAUGAAACCACUUUGAUUGACGGUCUACACGGAAAUACUACUCCAGAUAUGAAGAAAAAGUUAAAUGAAAACAAAAAACAGGCUAUAGUUGAUAGAUUUCUAAAUAGCGGUAAUGGGGAUCAUUCCGCUUUAUGCAAAGAUCAAAAUAGCGAUAUAUCUGAUGUUGAAUGUGAUUCACAUAUAUCACCAGAUACACGAAAAUUGGAAUGUUUUGAGUCUAACCAGACACUUAUUAGUGUAGAAGGAAAUAAUAUUAAAAACAAGAUAUUAGCUUGGGAGAAAUUAUCCAAAACAGGAAUAUCUAAGUAUUCAGAGAUGUCCGAGUUUAGUGUAUUUGGAGAGAGCCACUCAAAUCCUGAGAUUGAAAAGAAUUGCAUGAAAAUGAAAAAAUCUAAUGUGAAAAAGACAAUUAAGCAAACUAGUUCAAUAAGUGUUGAUCCAGAAAGUUUUAUACCAGAUGCGAGCGAAGAAACUAAAAUCCGUUCGGGAUUCGCCGUAAGGCGAGUCUCGCCAAAAAUUGCGAAUCUUCAGGCUACCAUUUUACAGAAGCUCAAAGAAGACUAAUAAUUUCAAUAUUCAGUAGUUCUGGAGGUUCGCAAAAUAUUAAGAACUGAUGUCAUCUUGAAACAUGAAAGCUCGUAUAUGAGAUAUCUACCAGCUCUGGCAAAAAAACACAAGGCAAGAAAAGGACGUCAACGAUCUAAUGAGUAGAACAGCAAUUCCAGAUUCGCAAUAUCAAAAUUGCGUUUUCCAUAUAUAAAUAUGCAGUCUAUGUACUCCUAAGUAAGUGGUUAAACUGAAGUUAUAAUACCACUGGAAUUUAUGUUGCUCAACAUAUAACAAAUAACAUAAAAUGUAGCACUUCAUUUCCAUAAAAGUUACUCAAGAAUGGAAAAUAAUGGCCCUGAACAAUAAAAAAAAUUUUCCCUAAAGAUAUCAGAUGGACAUUGAAAAUGGAUACGUAGAGAGUCUGUCUUUUGAAAAUGCAGCAAUAAAAUUAAAGCAAGUUUUUCUGGUUCUAGCAAAUUGAACAAUCGAUCUGAAAUAUAUGUAAGCCAUGUGAAAACCUUGAACCUAUACGAAAGAUGUAAAUAGUGCAGGAGAAUAUCAGUCAAUCAAAGGAACUCUACUUGUUCGCUGAGAUGAACAUAAAGUUGAUGGAAUCGAGCAUUAAAACUACUCCUUCAAAAGUCAAGAAAAUUUAAGGCAACACAAUAUUUCAUAGGUACUGCUUAUGGAUGGAACAAAAUUGUUAGAAACUUCUUCACCAAUAACCGUAUUGCAGUGUUGGAAAGAGUUCAGUAAUUUACCUAUAUGAUUGUGAUAGUUAAUAAUGAUGUGGAAUUCCUCCUCUUCAUGAAGAUGAAAUAAUGUAACACCGAAGACACGUCACAAUUGAAUUCUAAACUUGAACACAAGUACAGUUUCUGAAGCUAAAGUAUCUUACCAACGUCUAUUAGUUAUUAACGAUAUCAUCUGUUUCUUAGUCUUUUCAAAAAACUUAAACGUUGCUAAAUGUAUGUGUAUAGCACGCCCUAACUCCUGAUGCUGCCUGAUAUGAAUAAUCGCCAAUAUUAGAUGAAAAAUUUGACCAGGAUUGAUUAGAAGAAGUAUAUGGAAGAAUACAAAAAUAAUUUCUGGUUGCAUUUAAUUAAAAGGAAACGUAAACUAGAUUUAUUUGAAAACAUUGCAACUUUAAAUACUGUAAAUAUUUAAUUUCAACUAUAAAUCGUCUAAUUUGUAUUAAAAGUAAUCAUGUCGGCUUGUAAAACGAUCUACCACUACUUGAAGAUUUAUUCCUCUAAGCCACAUUCAACCAGAAAAUGAACUUAAGCCAUAAGAAAAUAUAUGCUUACAUUGCAAAGGAUGCUUUAUUUGAUACAAUAGAAAAAAAAAC